UGAUGAAUGGUUGUGGUGUGUGGACUAAACAAAUUCUCGAAGCCUCGCUGUUGUGUGUAGACGAAGGCAAAUCUGAACAGUGGCACUUUGGUGGGUCUAUCUUCCUCGUAUCUCCUCUGUCUGUCUGUCUGUCUAGCUAACAAUGAAGGCUCAAGCUCAACUCCAACAACACGAAGAAGAAGAAUAUAAUCUGAAAGUGGAAGUGGAGGAAGGGGAAAUGGGUCUACUGAGAAGGCAGUCCACAAGGCGAAAACACGGUGUCGAUGAAAGAGAUGCCUCUGGGAGUGCUAAUGUCAGCAGAACCAGCAAUAAUGGUACCGAUGCAGAAGAAGAGCCAGAGGCAGAACAAGAAUGGGUUGAGGAGGUGAAUGAAGGGAAAAAUGGCGUUGAAGAACAGGGACCAGAGACAGAAGCAGAGCAAGAACCAUGUGAAGAAGUGACGAACGCAGAGACCAUUGUCAGUUUCAAAGAACAAAGGCCAGAUGACAAUGACGGUGAAGAUCAAGAAGCUGCACCAGAGCCAGACGAAGCGGAUGAUUAUGAGAGCCAUGGCUGUGAGAAUGGAAAGGGAGAUGGUGCAAUUCUUGCACCGGCGGCGAGGACAGAACUCGACACCGACAAUGGGGUCGAAGGGAAGGGGUCGACCUGGACCAACAUCGUCCACUUCGACGAUGAACGAGGUACUGAAUCCAUCCAAACAAUUGUCAAGACGGAAUACUGCGAUAUAGAACAAGUUUUGUAUGAAACAGAGACAUUGCAUGAAACCUCAGAUGUUGCAACAGAGAGGUUUAGCGUUUUUCUAAGCUCUCAGGUUGAUCAUCAAGGUAGAGAAAUUUCUGGAGAUGAGAGAUUUUUGGACUCGGCUUUGUUGUCUCCAAGAAAGUCUCCUGAAGAGAAGAACACGUGUUCUAAGGAGAGUAAAGUAGUUGAAGAAGUCGAUCUGAUAGAAGAACUUAACCCUGAAGAGACAGGAUUUGAUGUCGAGAAGGUACUAGAGAAGCAAAACACUCACGAUUUAUACUGUCCCAAUUGUCAUUCUUGUAUAACAAGAAGGGUAAUCCUUCGGAGAAAGAAACGGAAGGUGCGCAAUGUGCGUUACAGAGUGAAGUAUGACAAAGUUGAAAAAACAACUGCCUCUGAACUACAUGCUCACCCUGUAACUGUAGUGGAGGAGGAUCGCAGUGUUGAUGCAAUUACUAGCGUCGAUGAGGUUCCAACUCCUGCAGCCAUAGAUAACAUUUCGAGGCCUGAACUCAAUGGUCACCAUAAUGAUAGCGAGCCAGAAGCUUAUAGAUGUCUGUCAUGUUUCAGUAUUUUCAUUCCCAGAGGAGACGCAUUUAAAUUGUUCCGACUUUUUGGAGAGAGAAAAGAGGUUGAAAAAGUGCAAGAUCCUUCAGAGGUACCCGUGGCAAAAAAUAAUGCUGUGACAGAGGCAUCGCGGAUGCACUUAGAGCAUGGAGAUUCAACUGCGGUAAUUAAGAAGUUGGAAGCUUUUGUCUCAUCAACUGAGGGCACUUCUGUAACCAUUGAAGAAUCAUCUGACAUGGGGUUGCUGAACUACGAAGUCUCUCUAACCAAGGAAGCUGAAAAGGAGACUGUAAGUCCUUUGAAAGAUGUCACAAACGAUUUGAAAAAGGAAGCAAGCAUCAAUACAGAACAAGAUCCUGGUGAAACUCUGGCAGCUAUUGGACAAUCUCUUGAAAAUGCAUAUACAAAACCUCAGACCGUUCAAGUGAUUCCACCUUUAAUACCUGUUGCCUCAGUGGUCAGGCAAACUUCAAUAGAGCGUGACCAGAAAUCUGUCAAGGAAACAUCAAAAGAAUUACCUGCUGUGAGUGCUCUCUCCGCAAUUACAGAGGUUUUACCAUCCCCAGCUCAACCAUCUCUAGCUGAAUCACAGAAAGUUGCGGACUCUGCUAUCAAAUUAAGGCAGCCACAAGUGGAAGUGGCAUCACAAACUGGAACUCAGACACUAGCCGAAGAGCCACAAGUUGCUCAAGUCCAUCAACCUCGUGAAUGGGAUAUUUUGAAGAGCAUUAUCUACGGUGGCUUGACAGAAUUAAUAACAAGUCUAGGUGUUGUGUCAUCUGCAGCGGGAGCUGGUGCUUCCACAUUGAACACCUUAGGUUUGGGAUUGGCUAAUUUGUUUGGAGGACUUCUCGUCAUCGCCCAUAAUCUUAGAGAGUUGAAGAAUGAGCAGCCCAGUCAAGGUACUGAGCAGGUAGACCGGUACCAAGAGGUACUAGGAAAGAGGCAGCACUUUCCCCUGCAUGCAACAGUAGCCAUUGUAUCCUUCAUAAUCUUUGGCUGCGUGGCUCCGAUCACCUAUGCAUUCUCAUUUAGGGAGAGUGACAAUAGGGAUUACAAGCUUGCCGCCGUUGCGGGCGCUUCUCUGUCUUGCAUUUUCCUACUUGCCAUAGGGAAAGCCCAUGUCAGGAAGCCACCUAAAACUUACUUCAAGACAGUGCUAUACUAUGUCAUUAUGGGGUUCAUGGCAUCAGGAGUCUCUUUCUUAGUCGGGGAACUGAUUGACAAGCUUCUCACCAAGCUCGGCUGGUUCGAUUCGACCUCAUCUAUGUCUGGGACCGGGCCUCUGGAGACUGGAACGUUGCAGUCUGGAUGGGCAACCUACUGAAGUCAUGGGAUCUCAAAAGCACGCAUGGCGCAGAAUGGAUGGAAGAAAGUUUUGUUCUCGAGGUAGUUGUUUUCACUCAUGUUAUGCCAAGGCACGACUCUUUUCCUUUCUGAGACCAGAAAAACUGGUAGGAACCGGCUUCACCCCCACACCCUUCCUCAUUCUCAUAUCAUGUCUUAGAUUUAUUAUUUCUAGUCAGAAGAGAAUGGCUCACUAUACCUAUUCGGAAAAUGUACUGUUUCUCUUGCCCGAUGGCGGGAAAUAAACCAUGAAGGACAUGGCCCUUUCACCCUUUUGUGAACUUCUGUACAUUACCUUCGUUGAUGAUGAACUGUUCUCUGUUA